CACCUGGCCUUGCCAGGUCAGGCUCCGCCACUCUUCCUCCUUCCUGGUGGCCUCUGCUAAGGGUCUCUUAGAUAGUACGGGUCAUUGCACCUGUGAAACGGAUAGUAUCUCCCCUUCCCGGUGGGGAUGAGCUUGUGAGAUGUGCGAGCCACGGCCAGGCAGCACAGAAGCCGCCCCAAGAUCACUGGGGCGACACUGAGGUCCCAUCCUGAAUGCGCCCUUCCCUUUACUGGCCGAGCAUGGCUUGUGCAAGCACCUCUUUGCUGCUCCUAGGCCCCCUUUAGCCUCAUGAGGGGCUGCUGGGUCCCCUGUGACCCAGGUGGAGCGGUGCCCUGGAGGGGAAGGCUUGCCACCUUGGUGGGAGGGGCCUCGGCUCGGCUGCCGUGUCCUGGCGCUGCUCAGACUCGUGUUUCCUCCUCGUGCCUGUGAUGACAUGUUCUUCCAGCUUGUGGGGAGCCUUGCGUGUGGCCCGGGAGCCUGCUUUCCAAUCUGUAAACAUGGGGCGUAUGUCUCAGCAGCUGUGAGUGAGCGAGGGGGUGGCAAGCCGGCCGCACAGGUCCUGCGGCCUUAGGCCUCCUCGUUGCCCAACAGGCGGCUGGGGGCGGGCCGUGGCCACUGAUUAAAGGCCGCCUGGAGCAGCCUGUGUGGAGACAGGUGCCCAGCAGCCCAAGAAGCCGGCGAGCAGCCGCCCCAGCUUUAGGCUUUGCUGUCCCCGUGAGCACAUCACUAUGUCCGAAGUGCCCCGGGCCGAGACUUUCGUCUUCCUGGACCUGGAAGCCACUGGGCUCCCCAGUAUAGAUCCCGAAGUGGCCGAGAUAUCUCUGUUCGCGGUGCACCGCUCCUCCCUGGAGAACCCAGACCGAGAUGAGUCUGGUGUCCCCGUGCUGCCCCGGAUCCUGGACAAACUCACGCUGUGCAUGAGCCCAGAGCGUCCUUUCACCGCUAAGGCCAGCGAGAUCACCGGCUUGAGCAGUGACAGCCUGGCCCAGUGCCGGAAGGCCGGCUUUGACAGCUCCGUCGUGCGGACUCUACAGGCCUUCCUGAGCCGCCAGGAGGGCCCCGUCUGCCUCGUGGCCCAUAAUGGCUUCGAUUACGACUUCCCACUGCUGUGCACAGAGCUGCGGCGCCUGGGCGCCCACCUGCCCCCGGACACCAUCUGCCUGGAUACACUGCCUGCGCUUCGGGGCCUGGACCGCGCCCACAGCCAUGGCACCCGGGCCCAGGGCUUUAAGGGUUACAGCCUGGGAAGCCUCUUCCGCCGCUACUUCCACGCCGAGCCGAGUGCUGCCCACUCAGCCGAGGGCGACGUACAUACCCUGCUCAUGGUCUUCCUGCACCGCGCAGCUGAGCUGCUCGGCUGGGCAGACGAGCAGGCCCAGAGCUGGGCCCGCAUCGAGCCCAUGUACGAGCCACCCGAUCGUCCGAGCGUUGAAGCCUGAAUGCCGGGGGCUCGGUGACGCCACCGCCCAGGGGUGUGAGGCCCGCCCCCAGCACCAUGGGCAGCACCAGCUCUGACCAUUCAGUCGGGCCCUGGGGCCCGGAGCCGGCAGCGGACCGGUGUCCCACUGUCCCUCUCCCCAUCCUCUGAGCUGGCUGUCCCUGGGCCUGCGCAUCUGCCGGGCUUUCUCCCUGCCCGGGCCUGCCCAGCCUUGUAGCCCCAGAGCUCCCUGCUGGCCACCCCUCACCUGGCCUCUCAAUAAACAUGGACGAGUACUCA